AUGAUUCUGGUGGGGUACCACAGUACAGAUAAACUAGAACUUGAAAGUUCUGAAGAAGAGUCAGAGUCAGAAGAUGAUUCUGAAGACUCUGAAGUUGAGUUAGAUGGUGAAAUUGAUUUUGAUCCAGAUGUUGAAUCUGGUGGUGAUCGUGUUUCUGGAAGGGAAAACUCUGAAGACGUAGGUUCUAGAGGACAAGCUUCUGAAGAUGACCAUGUUUCUGGUGGUAAUCAUUACGUUGAAGGUGGAACUUCUGAAGGCAGAGCUUCUGCAGGUAGUCCAGCUUCUGACGGUGGUCAUGAUUCUGAAGGUGGAACUUUUAAAGGAAAAGCUUCUAAAGGCAAUCCAACUUUUGAAGGCGGUACUUUUGAAGGUAGUGGUUCUGGACGAGGUCCAGAAGUUAACAAAGGUGUAGCUUCUUGUGGUAGUCGUACUUCUGAAGAAUGUCCAAAAGAAGAUACAGUUCCAUAA